UUCAUUUAUGACUAUCGAAAUUGAAAGCUCUAGAUAGGUAUCGAAGGUCACUAAUCUUUUCGCAAAUGGCGUCAGUAGUUACACAAGCACUGAGGCAUGACGUAUAGAAUAAUUCAACAUUAUGGAUGUAAAUGCUGCAGUUGAAACGAGUUUAUGGGAAGCCUAGAGGGCACAUUUGAUACUAAAUUACAUGAGGCUGUUAGAUAUGGUGACAUAGACGAGGUUAAAAUAGCACUCCAACAGGGAUAUGACCCUAAUCUUAUUGGGUUGUACCAAUGGAGUGCACUGCAUGAGGCAGCAAAUAAUGGAGAGUUGGACAUUCUGAGAUUGCUCUUAUCAAAGAAAGGUGAUCCAAACAAGAAAGAUUUGUUGGUGGGUAAUACAGCAGUUCAUUAUGCGGCACAAGAACAGCACGUUGAAUGUCUGCGUCUCCUGAUUGAUGCUGGUGGUCGUCACGACAUAAAGAAUGGUGAGGGAAAGUCAUGCCUGGACUUAGCUACAGGAGAAUGCUUCAGUAUGCUGGAAUCACUUAAGGUGAAGGAGCUCAUGGUCAAGUCAACAGAGGAAGUUAAAAAACAGCUUCAAGAAGAGGCUCAAGAUCAAUCAUGUGACCAGUCACAUGUCUCGUCCGCAGUGAUAUCACAGGAAGCUGAGGAUGGACAGGCAGAAGACAUCAAACCACCAGCCAUGGGUUAUCUUCACCUUACAUUUGAAUACCACUCACACAAGGAAACUUUAAAAAUAAAAGUUUGGCAGAUUAGUGACCUUCUACUUCCUCCGCCUCAGACAUCCAACAUUAAUACCAUAUACGUGAAAAGCUUUCUGAUGCCUGACAGGAAAAAAGAUUCCAAGCGGAAAACAGAAGAAAUAAAAGUGGAUCGUUCUGAUGCCCACAUCAAAUCUUCUCUAUCACCAACAAAUAAAGGAGGUAUUCAGCAUGUUUUCUCUCCUUCCACUUUUAAAUUUUCCAAAAAGUUAGAGUAUGAAGGUAUCUCUGCUUCCAUGAUUAAAGAAAAGAGUGUUCAGAUAGAAGUCUGCAUUACUCAAAAGUACAGCAAGAGAUCUUUUCUCAUUGGCAUGUUUCAUAUGUCACUAAAGGAUGCCGUUAAAAAAAUUGUCAAAGAGAAAUACCCUCUAAUUCCAUGUGUUAAUCACACGAUUCCCACUAACAUGAGAGUAUACUGUGCUUCUGAACUCCAGAUAACAAAUUCCGCCAAGAUCUUCUACAGCAAUCCCGACUUUAGGAAUCUGUCUGAAAGUGAUUUGUCAGAAAUUUCUGACAGAGCAGCCAGUGAUCCUGAUCUGAAGAAGGUCACAUUCGCUAAAGAUGCCAUUACUCCACGGAAUGUUGUUUUGAAUAUUGGGGAAGAACAAAUUGAAGAGCGAGAUGAAGACAUGAUUGUGGAUGCGGGACACACAGCUAGAGUUGCGAUCCCUGGAGAGUUUGUAGAGGAAGAGCUGAAUGAGUCUGGUUACAGUAGCAUUUCAAAUGUGAUUGAAAUGACAGACAUUACAGAUGACGCAGCAGAACCAAGCAGAAAAUCUGCCUUUUCCUCUGUUGUGAAAUCUGUCAAAACCAAAACAAAGGUUGAAAGUUUGCAAGACACGAGCAUGUCAGGGACAGGUGACUGCAGUGUCCCUAUAGAGGUAGAAGAUUUGAAAUAUAAUGAAGUGAAAAAUAAGUCUGGACCAAGACCAGAAACCCCAACUUGGGACUAUUAUGACUUCUCCAUGCAGAGUGUUGAAAUCCCACUGGAUGAGAUUAAGAGUCCAAGACAAGGAGAUGCCCCUGUAUGUCUUCCAAUGGAAACCACACUGGGAUUAAUGCAUUCCAAAGGGAAGAAACUCAAGAAACCCAAAGCAAUCAAGGAGGAAAGAAAGGAUCUGAAAAAUGUUCCAGUAAUAGUUGUGACAGACUCAGAAAGUGGGGUGUCAAGGUCAUUGGACCAAAGUUUAAAAGUUAAGUCACCUAGGGAGGAAGGUAAGAUUGAGGUGAUCUCCUCCAAACCAAGAGGUAGCCACAGAAAGAAAAAAUCCAGCAAAGAGAGUGUAUCUAUUGAUAUGCAGUCAUAUAGCAAGCCUUAUAAAACAAAAGAUGGAAAAUUCCUAGUAACUGCUGAUAUUCAUACCCCUAGUGCCAAGACUUCAUCUCAUGAAACUUCUAUUGAUAUUGGUGAUAAUGAUUCUGUGAUAAUUGAUUUAGAAAAUUUAGAAACUGAGUUAAAAAAUGUGGAUUUAUCUGAGAAAAUGGAGGAUUCCAGCACUACCUCAAGCCAUGUUAUUUCCAUGGCAACAACUGAUUUGUCAUCAAAUCUGAUGGCCAUGAAACCUAUCCCACAACAAGUGUUUAUUGAUGAUAGUUUGUACGAGAGUGGAGAUGAUUCCAGUGAAAUGUCAGAUUUUAUUUUACCUUUUGUUCCAUUGACAAGUCAAAAUGAUCAUAUGGUUAGUGAAGUUUAAUGACGCAACAAGAAUUUGGUUGUAUAGUGAAACUGUCUAAUCCAGCAUGCACUGGAACACAAAUUUUGAGUCAGAGUAGACUGGUGUUGCUGAAUAUCACAGUGUAAAUUUAUGAAUAAAGCAAAUGGUAUCAAGAUUUCGUUAGU